AUGAAAUCAAUAAUUGCCAAUGAUAACGACGACGCACUUAUUUCUUUAGCAUCAAAUGAUAUAAUCAUAGAUUCAAAUGGCGAAAAGUUUGACAAACAACAAAUUUUUAUCCUAUGCUGCCAAUAUUCUGCAUGUCGAUGUUUUAAUGCAUUAUAUAUGCAGCAUUCCUUCCAAGAUGUUGAUCAAGAUGCACUAGUUAUUGCAGCAUCUACCUACGGAUCGGUUGAAAUCCUUGAAAUGCUUCAUAAUUUAAAUGUUAAUCUUAAUUCUGCUUUCGAUGCUUCUAUUAUUUCAGGGAAAUAUGAUGUAUUGAUUUAUUUGUACAAUUCUGUUUACGAUGAUAUUGCUUCAAAUCUGAGCAAUAAAGAAAAUUUGAUUCAUUCCGUGAAAGGUGGAAAUCUUGAUUGCGUGAAGUUCUUGAUUGAAAUGAUUAAUGAUCAAGAAAAAUUAUAUGAUAUAAAUUAUGUCAAUCAUGAUGGAGAUUCUGCUCUUUCAGUGGCUAUUGACAAGAAUCGGCCUGAUAUCGUUGAUUAUCUUAUUCGAAAAGGGGCUUCCCUAAAGACAGAAAAUAAUAUAAUAGAAAAAGCUAUAAUGACUAAUAAUAUUAAUGUUUUAGGUCAAUUUUUGAAGAGUCCCGAGUUUGACCCAAAAUCACAUGUUGAAUUUGCCAUCACUAAUAAGAUGGAACAAUCGACUGCACUUUUAUUAAUGUACUCAAAACGGUUGUCUACUCCUCAAUUAGUUCAUUUCUUGUUUAUCGCAGUUCAAAAUAAUUUAUUAAAUAUUACCAAAAUCUUGCUACAAAACGGAAUACCUGGAAAUGCUACUAAUGAUAAUAAAGAAACUAUCUUGCAUAUUGCAGCUUCACAAGGAAACUCGAAUAUGAUUAACUUGAUAUUGAACUUUGGAAGGAAUAUUAAUGUUAAUGCAUUAGAUAUUAAAAGAAGGACACCAAUUCAAAGGGCAAUAUCUUCUGGUCAUCCUGAAUGCGUUAAAUUGAUAAUAGGAAAAACUGAUGUCUAA